CGAGAAGAGCCGUGCAGGCCGGAAACAUGGCGGCUCCCAGUCCCCGGGAGUCCAAGGCCCCGUCGGCUACGAGCGCAGCCAAGUCCGACGAGGAGAUGGUGCUGCCGGGAUUUCCGGACGCAGACAGCUUCGUGAAGUUUGCUCUUGGAUCAGUGGUAGCAGUCACCAAAGCGUCUGGGGGUCUACCACAGUUUGGCGAUGAGUAUGAUUUUUACCGAAGUUUUCCUGGCUUCCAGGCAUUUUGUGAAACACAGGGAGACAGGUUGCUUCAGUGCAUGAGUACGGUAAUGCAGUACCACGGGUGUCGAAGCAACAUUAAGGACCGAAGUAAAGUUACUGAGUUGGAGGACAAGUUUGAUUUACUUGUGGAUGCCAAUGAUGUUAUUCUGGAAAGAGUGGGUAUUUUACUGGACGAAGCAUCAGGUGUGAAUAAGAAUCAACAGCCCAUCCUCCCUGCAGGAUUGCAGGUCCCCAAAACAAUAGUGUCCAGCUGGAACCGUAAGGCAGGAGAAUACAGCAAAAAAACAAAAUCUGAAACUUUUCGGCUGCUUCAUGCAAAAAACAUCAUCCGACCUCAGCUUAAAUUCCGAGAGAAGAUUGACAAUUCCAACACGCCAUUUCUUCCUAAAAUCUUCACCAAGCCCAAUGCUCAGAAACCCCUCCCUCAGGCUCUCUCUAAAGAAAAGCGAGAGCGCCCACAAGAUCGUCCUGAGGACUUGGAUGUUCCCCCAGCUCUGGCAGAUUUCAUCCAUCAGCAGAGAACCCAGCAGGUGGAGCAGGACAUGUUUGCACAUCCUUAUCAAUAUGAACUAGAUCACUUUACUCUACCGGAUUCAGUCCUUCAAAAGCCACAACCCCAGUUAUAUAGACCUGUAGGAGAAACACCCUGCCAUUUUGUAUCAUCCCUGGAUGAACUCGUGGAACUCAACGAAAAGCUCUUGAAUUGUCAAGAAUUCGCUGUGGACUUGGAGCACCACUCUUACAGGAGCUUCCUGGGGCUGACCUGCCUGAUGCAGAUUUCUACCCGAACAGAAGACUUCAUCGUUGACACCCUGGAGCUUCGAAGCGACAUGUACAUCCUCAAUGAGAGCUUCACUGACCCAGCUAUUGUUAAGGUCUUCCAUGGUGCCGAUUCAGACAUAGAAUGGCUACAGAAGGACUUCGGGUUGUACGUGGUGAACAUGUUUGACACCCAUCAGGCCGCGCGCCUUCUCAACCUGGGCAGACACUCUCUCGAUCACCUGCUCAAGCUCUACUGCAACGUGGACUCCAACAAGCAGUACCAGCUGGCUGAUUGGAGAAUUCGGCCGCUGCCCGAGGAAAUGCUCAGCUAUGCCCGAGAUGACACCCAUUACCUGCUUUACAUUUACGAUAAGAUGAGGCUGGAACUGUGGGAGCGGGGCAACGGGCAGCCCACGCAGCUGCAGGUGGCAUGGCAGCGGAGCCGGGAUGUCUGCCUCAAGAAAUUCGUCAAACCUAUCUUCACGGACGAGUCCUACCUGGAACUCUACAGGAAGCAAAAGAAGCACCUCAACACACAGCAGUUGACAGCCUUCCAGCUGCUGUUUGCCUGGAGAGAUAAAACCGCUCGGAGGGAAGAUGAAAGCUAUGGAUAUGUACUGCCAAACCACAUGAUGCUGAAGAUAGCUGAAGAGCUGCCUAAGGAGCCUCAGGGCAUCAUAGCUUGCUGUAACCCUGUACCACCUCUUGUACGGCAGCAGAUCAAUGAAAUGCAUCUUCUAAUCCAGCAGGCUCGAGAGAUGCCUCUGCUCAAGUCUGAAGUUGCAGCUGGAGUGAAGAAGAGAGGCCCACUGCCCAAUCCCGAGAAAUUGGAGAAUGUUCUCUUUGGACCUCAUGACUGCUCCCACGCCCCUUCCGAUGGCUCUCCUGUCACCCCAACCAACGGGCCCGUGCCAGCGCAGAAGCAGGCAAGCCUCUUCCAUGACGGGAGAGAAGAGGAAGAGGAGGAGGCCCUGCUGGGUCCCCAGUGCCUUAUCGCCACUGCCGUCAUCACCUUAUUUAACGAACCUAGUGCUGAAGAAAAUGGAAAGGGUGCAUUAACAGUUGCACAGAAAAAAGCCCAAAAUAUAAUGGAGUCCUUUGAAAAUCCAUUUAGGAUGUUUCUGCCUUCAGUCGAACACCAUGCGCACAUUUCUCAGGCAGCAAAGUUUGAUCCAUCAUCGAAAAUCUAUGAACAUUAUGAAUAAGAAUAAGAAAACACCUUCCCUGGAUCCCCAUGAGAUGCUCCUGGGAGCCAGCGUGUUAAUUGUCUCUUAAAAGCCUGCUUCCUCCCUGCAGGAAGCACCUGCUUUGACCAGAUGGGUGGCCUGGCCCCCUCUGCUCUUUCAUUAGGCAGCGAGACUCAGGCCCAAACCCUGACGGGCCUCAGCCCUGUUGCUGGUGAUUAGCUUGUGGUUUUUAAAGAUGGGGAGUCAAGUGGAGGUUUUGCCUUCAAGUGGCACAUCCAGCCCCCAUACACCUCUUACCUGCCGUGCUUACCUUUAAUACCACCUGGAUGUGCUCUAAAUGCCCCAGGUAAAUGUGGUGUCGUAAAGAAGCCCACCAGGCUUGCAGAGGCCCUGCCUUGAGUCCCAGCUCCACCAUUUACUAACCGUGUCCCCGCAGACGAGUUAUUGAGUUCUCUGAGCCUGUUUCCUGUCUCUAAAGUGGGGUGAUGAUACUAUUGUCCCAAGAUUGUAGCAGGGACUGGAUGAGAUGAUGGAUAUGAAAGCAUCGGCCCAGUGCCUCCUGGAACACAGUUGUACUUCUCCUUAAUAAGUAUUUUAUAAAUAAAACCAGCAUGAGAUUUUAUUUUUUGUGUCAUCCGAUUUGGAAUUUAUGACUUAGCAUGUGUGCAGUUACCAGGUUAGCCUGCCCUGCGUCACCUCAUUAAAAAAAAUAAAGCAUUCCUAGGUGGCUGAGUUUUGGAGUUUUUUUG